GUCAAAGUAACUUUCGUCACGAAAGCUUCGUGUGGCUCGUUCACUUGAAAGUCUAGUAAAGUAGAAAACAGUUGUUUUACGUUUGAGGAGCUUGUCGUUCAACUAAUCUGUAUUGUACAGUUAUACUUAGUUGCAAAAAUGGAAAUUGAAAUUUUGAAUGCUAAUAAUUCGAAAUCACUUGGAAAAUGUCGAGUGAAGAGUGAUACUACCAUCAAAGCACUAAAGAAUGAAGUACAAAAUCUAAAGAAGUCGCUCACAGUCCAUCGGCAAGCGUUACGAUUAGAACCUCGCGGUAAAACAUUGAAGGAUGCGGACACGUUGCAAUCCCUCAAUGUUGUUGCCGGUGGCAAAAUAUACGUGCGUGAUUUGGGACCACAAAUUAGCUGGAAGGGGGUCUUUCUUGCCGAAUACGCAGGACCUAUUUUUGUCUACUUAAUCUUCUAUCAACGUCCCUCGUUGAUCUACGGACCUGCCGCCUCUAGUCCUAUGAGUUUAACGGCCAACAUCGCUGCGGCCUGUUGGGUAGCUCACUACGCCAAACGUAUUCUGGAAACAUUGUUCGUGCAUCGUUUCUCACAUGCCACCAUGCCACUGCGUAACCUCUUUAAGAACUGCUCAUACUACUGGGCCUUCGCUGGCUACGUAGCGUACCAUGUGAAUCAUCCACUGUUCACAGAACCGAGUACUGCUGUUCUAUACGCCGGAUUGGGUGCAUUCAUCGUUAGCGAACUCGGAAAUUUGUCCAUUCACGUAUUGUUGAGAAAUCUUCGACCGGUCGGAUCCACUGUUCGUAAGAUUCCGCUUCCAGAUAGUAAUCCGUUAACGCAACUGUUCAAUUUUGUCUCUUGUCCGAACUAUACGUAUGAGUUUUUCUCCUGGCUGUCAUUCUCACUGAUGACCACGUGUGUGCCGGCUCUGAUGUUCGCAGCCGCUGGCAUGUACCAAAUGACCGUGUGGGCUAUAGGCAAACAUAAAAACUACAAAAAAGAAUUCAAGGACUAUCCCAAAGCUAGAAAAGCAAUCCUUCCGUUCGUCAUUUAAGUGUGUACAAGCUGUAGGUAUUGGGUUCAAACUGUCGAGCAUUCAAUAUGUUUCUGCUCAUGCAUUUUGACAAUUGUUUUCUUUAUUAACGAGAUCGAAUGCUCAAUAUUUUGUUAGUCAUGACAUUGUCAUUAUUUAGGUGGUUUAACAGCAAUAUAGUGAGAGAUUUAAUUUUUGGAGAUGGCCUUGUAGUGGUGGUUUAAUAAUUUAAAUAAAAAUUGUACUCGUAAGUAUGCACUGUAUUGAGACAGUGACAACAUAAAAAGGUAGUGUUCAAUGCAAAUUUGAAUUCUGAAUAAACCAUUCCUUAAAUUAUA